AUGAGCGCUAAGUUCCUCGUGACGGUCGCCUCCGGCGCCUCUGGCGUUGUCAUCCUCGCCUGCCUCGUCAUGGUCGGUGUCCUCUUCCAGGACAUCAACAACCUCUACGACGAAGUCAUGGAUGACAUGCAGGAGUUCAGAGUGAGUUUUUGCGCAAAUUUUCAACUUCCAACUUUUUUCCCCUCAAAACCUUUACUAAAAACCGUCUUGCAGAUGACCGCCAACGAAGCCUGGAAAGACAUGAUCGUGCCAGUCCCAAGCCGUGCCCUCGAUGCCAACACCCUCUUCGGCCGUCACAAGCGUUCCGGUGGCCAGUGCGGCUGCGGAGCUCAGCCCAACAACUGCCCAGCUGGACCAGCCGGACCUCCAGGAGCCCCAGGAGCCGACGGAGAAGAUGGUGCCAACGGAGAAGCUGGACGCGCUGGAGCCAACGGCAUCGGUCUCUUCGACACCAAGCAGAAGGGAGGCUGCAUCCAGUGCCCAGCUGGAGAGCCAGGACCAGCCGGACCUGACGGAGAAGCUGGACCAGCCGGAGCCGACGGACAGCCAGGAGCCCCAGGAGCGCCAGGACAAGACGGAGCCGCCGGAGAAGCUGGACCAGCUGGUGACGCCGGAGCCGCCGGCAGCGACGGAGCUCCAGGACAGCCAGGAGCCGCAGGAAAGAACGGACAACGCGGAUCGGGAGCUCCAGGACCAGCCGGACCAGAAGGACCAGCCGGAGCCCCAGGAAAAGACGGAGCUGCCGGAGAGAACGGAGCCGCAGGAAAGGACGGUGAAGCCGGACCAGCUGGAGCCCCAGGACAGGACGGAGCCGCCGGAGCUCCAGGAGAGGCCGGAAGCGCUGGUGGAGUCGGACUUCCAGGUAAGACUAUCUAACGUUUUGUAAUAGAGUUUACUUGUAUAUACUAUACCUUUUUUCAUUCAAAACAAAACGUCUGAAAUUUACAGGACAAGACGCCGCCUACUGCCCAUGCCCACCACGUACCGCCGCCGUCGAGACCCCGGCCGCCGCCAGCGGAUACAGACGUCGCUUCUCGCACGCCUAA